AAAAUCGAACUUAGGCGAACGCGUCCGGCGGUGGCAUUAGACGCCAUUUUUACCAUUCGAUUUCCUCUUGCUGCAGUUACCAGCAUUUUUGCGGAAAUAUUUCUCUGUAUUUUGCCAUAACGGACACCAUUGCUGAGGGAAUAAUGCCAGGCACACACAGCGUAGGCACUUUCAAAAUCUUUGUUGGCAAUUUGUCAAGCAACUCCACUGUGAAUGACAUUAGACCACUCUUUGAAAAGUAUGGGAAGGUCGUGGAGUGCGAUGUAAUGAAAAAUUACGGCUUUGUGCACAUGGAAAACGAACAGGCAGGCCGAGAUGCCAUACAAAAUCUGGAUGGGUACAUGGUGCAUGACCAACCAAUGAAAGUCGAAGCUGCAGUAAGCAAGAAAGGCCCAACCACGCCUACCACUAAGAUCUUUGUGGGCAAUCUCAGUGAGAAGACCAAGCCAGAGCAGCUGCGCCAGCUCUUCGCACCCUACGGAACCGUUGUCGAGUGUGACAUCAUAAGAAACUACGGCUUUGUGCAUGUGGAAUCCAACGAGCAGAUCGACAAGUGCGUGGGAGAGAUGAACGGCUACAUGCUGGACGGCAUGCCCAUCAAGGUGCAGAUGUCGACCAGCAGGGUGCGCACUCGUCCCGGCAUGAGUGAUCCUGAGCAGUGCUACAGGUGUGGACGCGAAGGCCACUGGUCCAAGGAGUGCCCCAAGCUGAUCGGCGGACCCAUGCGUGGUGGUGGUUACAGGGACUCGAUGUACUCAAGACGCGAGCCCUACCCCUACCCGCCCCCACCUCCACCCUACAUGAGGGAGCGCAUGAUGAAUCGCAUGGGCCCUCGUGAGUACAUGGGCUCUCGUGGGGACAUGAUGGGCAGGGAGAUGAUGUCGCGCGACAUGAUGACCAGGGAGCGCAGCAGUUAUGGAUCGGCCAUGGGCUCACGGCGGAUGGAGCCGCCGAUGUCGACCGGCAUGGGAAUGCGUGGAAACUCACUGGACAUGAUGAGGGAUCCCGCCCGCCAGGCCUCUUACUAUGACGACAUGGCCCCUGAACCUCUUUUCACACGCCGUGGAUUUGCUGAGCCGCCCCAGAGGAACAGUCUGCAUGAAACCAAAUACGAACCGCACGCGUCGAUGUACGAGGACUUCAGUCGCGACUGCUUCGAUGACAGACGACCUCCCGUCGGAGAUCGCGGUAUUAAUUCCCAACGCCGCUAUACCCCGUAUUAAAUGGACGCCGACGGACGGUUCUUGCUUGCGCCGCGCUCUCGGUUAAGUCAACGCCGCUCGCACACAGACGACAACGUAACCGUCACCGCAUCGAUUUCGUUCGCUUUAGGAGAAGACCAUAAUAUAUCGCCCUAUUCGAUAAGAUUGAUAGUUACACAAACUCUCGAGUUGGUAAUAUAAUUUAAGUUUCGGUGUGUGUUGGGGAUUUGCUUAGACUUUGCAAGCACAGUUUUGAACGUUGGUUGUUCAGUUUUUCCAAUAUUCACUGUAACCAGAUUUAUGAAGAGAUCAUCGUACAAUACAAUUUCCACCUUGUGCUCUGAAAAAAAAAUUGCUCGUUUUCUUCCGGACUUGUGAAUCCCUUUAGUUUAAUGAUGAACGAAUUAUGCCGGCAAUAAAAUCGGGGCCGGCCGGCCGCUGCGACAGUUUGAAGAAAACGACCGGACGUGGCUCGGAUCGCGCACCUUUCGACGCACCGAAAACGGAGACACGGAGAUUUUCGCGGGACGCCGACUCUUGAGGUAAUUUGGCCGGUAUGUGAGAGAAUGGCUGCGUGCUCUUUCCGCCUUCGUGACAAAACGGUUGGCGUGUACAUUGGAACUGGGUUGUUUCAAAGCAAAAUUUAUUAAUGAUAUCAAGACACUUUUCCGGGAAUCGGUCGUUGUUGAAAGCUAAACCUUUUUCCUAAUCUAGAUUUGAUAUUGGCUGACAUUGACAAAAAAUGAAAUAUUCCACUUCUCA